AUGUCCGUGAAUGAAUCUUCUAAAGCCUUCAAAGCUGAAACCGCAGUGGUGAACGCCCUACCAAGCGCUUCAAAAGCAGCCUUUACAGAUGACGGAUGGUUGAAAACAAAUGAUGCAUUUUCUGAUGAGCAAGGGCGUCUCUUUGUCGAGGGAAGACAAUCAGAUGCCAUUAUGCAUGGAGAGUACAUCAUAUACCCAUCCCUGGCCUACUAUGUUCUGGUGGAGAAUUUCCCUCUUAGACCAACAGGGAAACCAGACAGGCGGGCAUUAUCAGAAAUAGCUGCAAAAUGA